CUGUACACCCCGCCCCGGUGGAAAGAACCUUGCUGUCUCUCUACAACGUCAAGCAUCACACUUUGCAACGUUAGUUACUGAAAACACAGGGAAAUAUUUUGACGAUGCUACGUAAUAUCUUUCGAUCCAAAGACCUCGGCGAUCGCCAGCAUCUACUUACAUCUUCCCCACAAUUUUUCACUGCCCGCAACUCUACUGCUUCAGAAACCGUCGUUCCCACUGCAAGUAACUUAGAGACGCUAAGCCGCGAGCCUAAUGUCAGCGUGCAGCUGCGCGCCAACCCUGCAGCAAUGCUCGCGAUUGAACAUCAGUGGAAUUAUGCCCAUGCAGAGGACCCUUGGAAUCCGGAGACUGACACAAGUGUUUCAUCUAGAGCACUCGCAUACAGCCCUCUUAGCAACGCCGAUGCCCAGAUCCGCCUAUUGACGCUGCUACCAAAUGAAUCGCCGAACGGAAACGGUGGACCGAUCCGCUGUAAACUGGAACCCGUGAGCUUAUUCGACGCGAACGAUUAUACCGCUUUAUCUUACAUGUGGGGCAAUGACGGGAAGACACGGGUAAUAGUGGUCGAUGGACACAAGUUCAAUGCAACAACGAAUUUGUAUUACGCCUUGAGAAUGCUCAGAGCGAAGGGGAUCACAAAGAUCUGGAUCGAUGCCAUUUGUAUUAAUCAACAGGAUAAUGAGGAGAAAACGCACCAGCUACAGCGGAUGAGAUCUAUCUACGCUCGAGCAAAGCAAGUUGUGGUGUGGUUAGGACCGGAAUCACCGAAUAGUAACUUGGCGAUGUAUCUGUUGGACAAACUGUCAAAACCACCGGGCCCAGCGAGUUCAGACAUGUCAUACCAUGAGGCACUCAAGGAGCGAUCAAUAUCAGCUCCAUCAGGGCCAUUUGCGGAAGCCUGGAAAGCGUUUGACGAUCUCUUUGAGCGCGAAUACUGGCAACGCGUGUGGGUCAUACAAGAGAUUGCCGCAAGCAGUCAAGUUUUAGUCUGUUGCGGUCAAGAGUCGAUUAGCUGGUCAGACUUGGAGACUGCCUUCUGGGGAAAGAAACAACUACAAGAUGUGUUCUUCAAACGCAUUGAUGCGGAUUUCUCUAAGCACCCGCGGAAUACACAACAAGUCUUCGACUUUUGGGCUUGGAAAAAGGCGAUGGCUAGCGCUCAGCCUCAACCACUACUGAAAGCCCUCAUUGACAGCAGGAGAUCCAAAGCAACUAAUCCGAGGGACCAUAUCUAUGCGCUACUGGGUAUCUCAGGUGACUCGUCGAGUCUCGUCCCGCUCCCGAACUAUACGCACUCUGUUGAGAAGAUAUAUACAGACCUCGCUACGACUAUGAUACGCGCGAACGGAAAUCUCGACAUCAUUUGCUUACAUGGAAGAACGGAAGCAAGGGAAUACAAGAUACCUUCCUGGGUGCCCAACUGGUCAGGUCUAGCCGACAUAGACAGACCCUGGCUGUUCAAAUCCGUCCUCAACAACAGUGGGAAAGCCGAAGAUGAGAUAGCGACCGUUUUCAACCAUGUGGAUGAUUCCUAUAGCAUUCGAGUCGAAAGCGGAAUCCUUUGCGUCAGUGGCCGUCUUUUUGCUCCGAUCGACGGGCUGAGUACAGGUAUGCUUGACGACACGACACCCGUAGGCGAGAUAUUGCAGCCUAAGAUCGAAACCUCGGCGUAUGCAGGCAGGCAAGGUCUUCCCGAUGCAUUACACGACGCGCUGAUCAUGCUACUCGAUAUCCCCAAAGAUGAACGAACUUCAAAUCGCACAGAUCUCGUACACUACCUUACGCGCCCAAAGGGACUCGAAAUCAUGAAAACACACGGCCAUGAUAUGCUGGCUAAUUGGUUCCAAGCCAACGUCGACAUGAAAAUCUGCGGUAUCCCCCUCCAUACACUAACGAGCAAAUUCGGCGCGAAUGAUUUUCAAUGGAAGAAGCGUCUCACACAUCGCUACGAAGACAAAGCCGGAUUCACGGCGAAAAUGCACAAGUACAUGACGGAUAUUGAAACCGUGCUUAAGGGGGGGAUGCGCCUCAUGACUACAACGGGGGGCCAUCUUGGUAUGGCGCAUCCACAAGCACGGCCUGGUGAUCACAUCUGCUUGCUGGAGGGCAUGAGCAAUCCCGUCAUCCUGCGCCCAUGUGCCGACGGAGAGCUGAGCGCGGAUGCUGUUGCCAAUCGCAAGGAGCUGGAAAGGGAGUUGGAAGAGUCGAGAUAUCUGUCGGGAAUGACGCUUAAGACGGGCUUUACGACGAGUUAUAAAGUUGUUGGAGAGGCGUUUGUGAGUAUGGACGGGAUGACUAAGUUUAUGCGCGAGUAUCCGUAUCCGUUUGGGACGUUCUUCAUUCAUUGAUGAGGGGGGAACGGUUAAAAAGCCUACGUCCGGAGCUCCUUACACGUGGAAGCCAGGGUUCCUUGUCAUACGCACAUCUAGAGAGGUUUUCAAGGACGCAGCAAGUCAAGUGGCUUUCGUUGUUUUUAAGUUAUCUAUGGAUCCUAAGUAUACUACCAAACUCGCUUAUUCUAACAGCAAAGCAUCAUCUGUAUGUAGACCAAGAGCAUGGGAUAUAUCCCUUUUUCCAUCCUCGCAAUGCCCUAUAGGUUGAGCUUUACAAGUUUGUCUCUCUCUCCUGCAUGUCCUCGAGAGAUCAGAUCCCCCUCUCUAUCCACUCUUUCGCA